AUAAUCAGCACAAUGGAGACCCAAGUGUCCAAUGGUCCCACAAGCAACAGUUCCCUCCCCAAUGGGCCACUGAUUAGUGCCAACGGCGCCACUGAUGACUCCAAAACUAACCUCAUAGUCAACUACCUACCCCAGAACAUGACGCAGGAAGAAUUCAAGAGCCUCUUUGGAAGUAUCGGAGAGAUUGAAUCCUGCAAGCUGGUUAGAGACAAAAUCACAGGGCAGAGCUUAGGCUACGGCUUUGUCAAUUAUGUUGACUCCAACGAUGCUGAUAAAGCAAUCAACACGUUGAAUGGGCUCAAACUACAGACAAAAACAAUCAAGGUGUCCUACGCCCGGCCUAGCUCAGCCUCCAUCCGUGAUGCCAAUCUCUACGUGAGCGGCCUCCCCAAGACGAUGAGCCAGAAAGAGAUGGAGCAGCUGUUCUCGCAGUAUGGGCGCAUCAUCACCUCCCGCAUCCUUGUUGAUCAGGUCACAGGUGUCUCUAGAGGAGUCGGCUUCAUCCGCUUCGACAAGAGGAUAGAAGCUGAGGAGGCCAUCAAGGGGCUGAACGGGCAGAAGCCCCUGGGAGCCAGCGAACCCAUCACAGUCAAGUUUGCCAACAACCCCAGCCAGAAGACAGGACAAGCUUUGCUCACGCAUCUGUACCAGACCACAGCUCGGCGGUACACGGGACCUUUGCACCACCAGACUCAGCGAUUCAGUCCUCUCUCCUUGAUCUCCAGGUUCUCUCCCAUCACGAUCGACAGCAUGACCAGCCUGGCGGGAGUCAACCUGACAGGGGCCUCCAGUGCCGGCUGGUGCAUCUUUGUGUACAACCUCUCCCCAGAGGCCGAUGAGAGUGUCCUGUGGCAGCUCUUUGGGCCUUUCGGAGCAGUGACCAACGUCAAGGUGAUCCGCGACUUCACCACCAACAAGUGCAAGGGCUUUGGCUUUGUCACCAUGACCAACUACGACGAAGCAGCCAUGGCCAUCGCCAGCCUCAACGGCUACCGACUGGGCGACCGAAUCCUCCAGGUUUCCUUCAAGACCAGUAAGCAACACAAGGCAUGAGCGA